UUUUGACCAAACAAAACGACAUCACCGCAAACAAAAUUUCUCUCAUUCAUUCCCUGUUCUCUUCUUCUCCCUCACUUCACUUCCGCCAAAACCACCACCAACAUCAACCUUCAACCAUGAACGCCUCCAUCAUCGAUCCAUUGCAGGGUGAUUUCCCAGAAGUAAUCGAAGAGUAUUUGGAAUAUGGUUGUAUGAAAUGCAUUGCCUUCAACCGUCGCGGUACCCUUCUUGCUGCUGGAUGCAAUGAUGGAAGUUGUGUUAUUUGGGAUUUUAUAACCAGGGGGAUUGCUAAGGUGCUUUCUGAUGAUGGCUGCUCUUCUCCCAUAACCAGUAUCUGUUGGUCAAAAUUUGGUCAUCGAAUUCUUGUAUCUGCUGCUGAUAAGUCAUUAACAUUGUGGGAUGUUAUGAGUGGUAAAAAGAUAACACGAAUAGUUUUGCAACAAACCCCUCUACAAGCUCGUCUUCAUCCAGGUUCCUCUACCCCAUCUGUCUGCUUAACAUGCCCUCUCUCUUGUGCACCAAUGAUUGUCGACCUGAAUACGGGAAACACAACUUUGCUUAAAGUUUCUGUCUCAGAGACAUGCAAUGGGCCAACACCUCCUCUACGCAAUAAGUGCUCCGAUGGGGUUACCUCCUUCACACCAACUGCUGCUUGUUUUAAUAAAUAUGGGAAUCUGGUUUAUGUGGGAAACUCAAAAGGGGAAAUUCUCAUCAGUGAUUACAAAGAUGGCAAAGUGCGUGCCCUAGUUCCGACCUCGGGUGGUUCUGUCAUAAAGAACAUUGUCUUCAGCAGGAAUGGACAGUAUCUUCUUACGAAUUCAAAUGAUCGAGUGAUAAGGAUCUAUGAAAACCUUUUGCCUCUGAAAGGUGAAGUUAAAGCCCUUGAUGACAUGGGUGAGAACCUCACUGAUCUAAGCAGUAUUGAGGCUCUGAAGGCUGUUGGAUCUAAAUGUUUAACUUUAUUCCGGGAGUUUCAAGAUUCCAUCACAAAGGUGCACUGGAAAGCACCUGGUUUCAGUGGUGACGGUGAGUGGGUAGUUGGUGGUUCUGCUAGCAAAGGAGAGCACAAGAUUUAUGUAUGGGAUAGAGCUGGACAUCUUGUCAAAAUCCUUGAAGGACCUAAAGAAGCACUUGUAGAUUUAGCAUGGCAUCCUGUACAUCCUAUUGUCGUAUCUGUUUCGCUGAAUGGCUUAGUUUAUAUAUGGGCAAAAGACUAUACUGAGAACUGGAGUGCAUUUGCUCCUGAUUUCAAAGAGCUCGAGGAAAAUGAGGAGUAUGUAGAGCGUGAAGAUGAAUUUGAUCUGAUUCCUGAGACUGAGAAGGUGAAAGGAUCUGAUAUUAAUGAAGACGAGGAGGUUGACAUUAUGGAAUUCGAUAAAGAUGCUGCUUUCAGUGAUUCCGACAUGUCUCAAGAAGAGCUGUGUUUCUUGCCAGCAACUCCUAGCCGGGAUUCUCCUGAGCAGCAAGAGAAGUGUGUGGAAAGUUCUUCAAAAUUGGUAGACAGCAAUAACACUGGAUCCCCUCUUUCAGAAGAAGCAGGACCAAAUGGACAUGCGAUGGAUCACGCGUCAAGUCCUCUUGCAGAUGAUGCUGGAGGUCGCAUGAAAAGAAAGCGGAAACCUUCAGAGAAGGUGUUGGAGUUGCAAGCAGAAAAAGUUAAGAAACCCUCAAAAUCUAGCAAAUCUGCAAAAUCUAAGAGCAAACCUUCGGUUGAUCAGGAUGAUGGUAAUGGUUUUUAUGGUGAUGGGCUUUAUGAUGAUUAAUUGUAAAGCGUAUUAUAUUGCUGCUGUAGGUAUAUUGCGCAAAAUUCUGUAUGAAAUGAUAUCAUUUAGCACAAUAUGAUUAGCUAUGCGCUCUUUUGUCUUGUUAAAGGAUUACAAAUUUCAGCAAACUGUUGACACAAAA